GUUUCCAACCUACUCCACGGUAAUCCUGUGGUCAUCCCCAAGGUUCAGCUAGGCGACGAUCCGUGGACGUCAGAACCCAACAUGAAACUAUCCCUGUCGACUCUUGCGGCCGGAAUCUUUUAUGUAGCCAGCGUCGACGCAGCCUCCGCGUCUCAAUGCCGUUGCGUGUAUGGCCAGUCGUGCUGGCCGAGCGGCUCUGACUUCUCUCAGCUCCAGUCUCUCCUCUCCCAGUCCCUCCUCUACCCCAAACCCACCGCCUCUCAAUGCUACUCCACGUCGGGCGCCUCGGAUGACUGCAGCGACGUCAUCGCAAACUACACCAGCGGUAUUUGGCGCUCGGACAUGGUCGGCAGCAUGGAAGCACCCAACUGGGAGUCGUACAUCUUCCAGAACGGCACCAUCGCUGCUUGUUAUCCAGAGACGAACAUCACGGGUGCAUGCGACCAGGGAAAUGUACCUGUCAUCGCCGUGGACGCACGCACGCCUGCGGACAUCCAAGCUGCGGUCAACUUCUCGGUGAUGCAUGACCUGCGGAUGGUCGUCAAGAACACUGGGCACGACUACAUUGGUCGGAGUGCUGGACGAGGGGCGCUCAUGGUGUGGACGCACAACAUGAAGAAUAUUACCCACGAUGGCUCCUUUGUGCCCGAGGGAGCGCCGCCCAACGAGACUUACGAUGCCUUCACUUUGGAAGCCGGUGUCCAGUGGUUUGAAGCGUACGCAGCCGCCAAUGCUACCGGGCGAGUACUAGUAGGCGGUUUAUCGGCUGGCGGGUCCGUAGGUGCUGCUGGUGGGUGGAUCCAAGGAGGUGGACAUAGUGCCCUAUCAUCGAAUUAUGGGUUGGGCGUCGACAACGCUGUCGAGAUGACCGUCGUUACAUCCACUGGCCAGUACCUGACCGUCAACGCCCAUCAAAACCCGGACCUCUUCUGGGCCCUGCGUGGUGGCGGCGGCGGAACGUACGGUGUCGUCACCUCUGUCACGUACAAAACACAUCCUGCCCUUCCGGCCCUAGUCGCCAUCUUCUCAGUCAACUCCACAAACUCGUCACUCAUUCAGCAAUUGUUCACCGAGAGCUACACCAUGCUCCCAUCUCUCUCGGACGCAGGCUGGGGAGGAUACGGCGGCAUCGACAAUACCAGCGUUGAGUUCAUCUACCUCUCACCGAACGUGUCGUGGGCACAGGCAAACGAGACGUGGACCCCGUUCUUCGAGCGCGCAGCGAAUCUUACGUCGGCCGGACUGAACAUCACGGCAGCUGAGACAUUGCAGUUCCCUUCGUUCUACACACUGUAUGAGUCAUUCUUUGGGACGCCGACUGGCCAGAACGGCGGGAACGUCAUCUUGGGCUCGCGGCUCAUCCCGCGAGAGGUGAUCGAGAAUAACAACGACGAGAUGUGCACUGCGAUCUUUGAGACACCCGGCAUGUCUUGGAACUUUGUUGCAGGAGGCAAGGUAUCCACAGUCGACCCCGACUCCGCUGGGCUUAAUCCUGCCUGGCGCAAGGCAGUUGUCCACAUCACCUGGGGCGCGUCAUGGGAAGACGGGGCGUCUGCGGAGGACAUAGGUCAGCUUGCCGCUGGUGUGAAAGAACAGGAAGCGAGGAUCCGAGAGCUUACCCCUGAAUCUGGGUGCUACUUCAACGAGGCGUCUCCGUUUGAGGAAGAUUUCCGGUAUACUUUCUUCGGUGACCACUAUGCGAAGUUGAAAGAGAUCAAGGACAAGUACGAUCCGCAUCAGUUGUUUGUUGUGACGCAAGGCGUAGGGUCUGAGGAGUGGGACGACGAGCUAACUUGCCGAGUGUAGUGCAGUUGAUAACCUUCGCACUGUCGUGCCUAUUUAACCCAUUCGACAACAUUUCAAUGCACUAAUUCACUGUUUCCUGC